UGCCUAAAUCCCUAACCCGACGAGCCGACUAAGAGAGAGAGGACUUUGGAGUUUGGACUGUUGGUAUCCGCCACAAACAACCUGACCGUAUUUCUUCAUUGCAAAGGCCAAAACUUCAUGCAAUCUCUAGCUGGAAUAGGUUGAAAAUCGAGGGUUUUGGAAAUGGAUAUUGAUUCUGAUCCCAACAAUUUGAAUGUCAAGUCAUCGGAGGAAGUUGCAGCAAUGCAAAUGGAUUCUUCUGACUCAUCAGCCGCUCAAGCAAAGGGUAAAGAAAAAGAGGAGCUUGCUGAGACAAUGGAUAAGCUAAAUAUUGAGGGAUCAUCAUCUGGGCAGGCUGGGACUUCGUCAACCAACUUCAAGAGAAAACCAGUUAUCAUCAUUGUUGUAGGGAUGGCAGGGAGUGGAAAAACAACGUUUCUUCAUCGGCUGGUUUGCCACACUCAGGCUUCGAAUAUUAGGGGUUAUGUGAUGAACCUUGACCCUGCAGUGAUGACACUUCCAUUUGGCGCUAACAUUGAUAUAAGGGACACUGUGAAGUAUAAGGAAGUGAUGAAGCAGUACAAUCUAGGACCUAAUGGUGGAAUUUUGACAUCACUUAACUUGUUUGCUACAAAGUUUGAUGAGGUUGUUUCUGUUAUCGAGAAGCGAGCAGAUCAGCUUGAUUAUGUUCUAGUGGAUACUCCUGGACAAAUUGAAAUAUUUACUUGGUCUGCUUCUGGUGCUAUUAUUACAGAAGCUUUUGCUUCAACCUUCCCUACUGUUGUCACUUAUGUAGUUGAUACGCCUCGUUCCUCAAGUCCAGUUACUUUCAUGAGCAAUAUGUUAUAUGCUUGUAGUAUACUUUACAAGACAAGGUUGCCUCUUGUGCUGGCAUUCAACAAGACUGAUGUGGCUCAACAUCAAUUUGCCUUGGAGUGGAUGGAUGACUUUGAGGCCUUUCACGUAGCAGUAAGUUCAGACAGCUCAUACACAUCAACUCUAACUCAGAGCCUUGCCCUUGUGCUGGAUGAGUUCUACAAGAAUUUACGGUCAGUUGGUGUGUCUGCUGUUUCUGGUGCUGGAAUAGACGCCUUCUUCAAGGCCAUUGAAGCAAGUGCCGAGGAGUACAUGGAAACUUAUAAGGCUGAUCUUGACAAGAGAUGGGCAGAGAAGCAACGUUUGGAGGAAGAUCGCAGGAAGGAGAACUUGGAUAAAUUGAGGAAGGAUAUGGAGAAAUCUGGGGGAGAAACUGUUGUCUUGAGCACUGGUCUGAAGGACAAAGGAGAUAGGAGUAAAACCAUGAUGGAUGAGGAAGAUGAAGAAAUAGAAGAUGAUGAUGAUGAUUAUGAGAGAUUUACUGAUGAUGAAGAUGCUAUAGAUGAGGAUGAGGAUGAAGAUGAAGAAGUUUCCAGAUUCUCCUUUUAGUACAGCUACAAUGCUGACAAAAUUUUCUUGAACCAAAACUUUGUAUAGAAUUUUCACUAGUAACUAAAGUACUAAACCACUGAUUUAAUGGCAUAUAGUUUUGCAUAACUUGUGAUUCAACGUUUACAGCACUCAUUUUUGCGUAGGUAAGUUAUUAAAGGUGCUGCUGUUUGGUUUGAUAUGGUAUGCAUAACUUUGUAAUUGUACUUCUGCUGCUGUUCUUGAUUAUUUAACCUGCCAUUUACAAGUGAAAUGUUAGAUUUUGAA